UGUGAGUUCGAUAUUGAGGUUUUGUCCAGCUCUGCAGACUGCUCAACAGAUAGUUUGGGUCCCUUACUUGCCUCCUGUGGUGGACUGCUCGCUGUUCCCAAAUAUGAAGCUCACGGUGAGGCAAAAUUUGGAUGAAUUUCAAGGAUUAAUGUUUGAUAACCUUGGUAGAUUUCCCACUCUCAUGAGUAGAUUUAGAGGCAGUGUAUUUGGGAGAUACAUUGAUGUUUCUUUCAUCCCUGUUCCAUCACUUUUGUGGCCACUCCUGUCGAGAUUAGCGAAAAUUGAUAGGGACUCCGAAGCAUGGUUUGUCGUGAAGGGAGUUCCAGUACGCUACUCUAUCACAGAAUUUGCUCUAAUUAGCGGGCUUACCUGCAGCCCCCUUGAGAAAAAUUAUGCAAAUGAUUUUGAUCAUGAUUCCA